UAGGUCCCAAAUCGAAGUUUGGGUCAAGAUAGUCUUUAGUUGAUUAAGGUUCAAGGUUCAAAUCUCGAGUCGAGGUCAGUCAAGUCUGAGGUCAGAUCAAGUCCCGAGUCAAGGUCAAGGUUAGAAUUGAGAUAAUUAUUGAAGUGUCUUGGAUAAAGUUUGGACAAAAACUAUUAUUAAAACCACACAAUUGAGAUAAGAAGGGGAAGCCCUAAUAUUCUACAAUUUGUGAGCCAAUUAUUGAAAUAUAGGGUGGGAAAGUAGAUUUGAUACCUAAAAGAAUCCCAAAAUUAUAUUAAAAUAUCUCUUGUGAGAUAAUCUUAAGAGUUGAUAACUAACUAACAAAUCCCUAAAUUAAUUAUAUCCAUAUUUUGUCAAUUCAAUAUUAAAUUAAUAGGGUGGUGUCCUUUUCUCCUUGAACUAUAAUAAUUCCUAUCUAAAUUAUAAACGGAUUAAGGGGAUCUUCACACAAUUCAUUAUUUACUCUUUCUAAUCGAUAUACAUAGAUUAUACAUUGAUUAAAACAAUCGUAAUUUAAAUUAAUUCUACGAACCAGCUACUAUUAACCAUAUAAUACUUGAACUUAAAACUAUUUCUUCUCUUUCUCCCUUCAACCAUCCGAUAUAAACGGAGGUUAAAUAUACACCAUUUGUUAAUAGUAAAAUGAAUCGAAUCGAUGAAUAUUCAUGUUAUUCUUCUUCUGUAUUUCAUCCCUAAUUCAAAGGAAGAUAGAGAAAACACUCCAUAAUUAACUGAUCUUAUGUACAAGUUAAGAGAAAAAGGAAAUUAUGGGAACAUAUAGAUCAGAGGAAGAUUAUGAUUACUUGUUCAAGGUGGUAUUAAUAGGGGAUUCUGGUGUUGGUAAAUCGAAUUUGCUAUCGCGAUUUACCAAAAACGAAUUCAGCCAACAAUCUAAGUCGACUAUUGGUGUUGAAUUCGCCACCCGAACCAUUCAUGUUGAUGACAAGAUUGUCAAAGCCCAGAUAUGGGACACUGCUGGCCAAGAAAGGUACCGGGCUAUCACAAGUGCUUACUAUAGAGGAGCAGUUGGUGCCUUACUUGUUUACGAUAUUACUCGCCAUGUAACAUUUGAGAAUGUUGCGAGAUGGCUCAAGGAGCUCAGAGAUCAUACAGACCAGAACAUUGUUGUCAUGCUGGUCGGGAACAAGGCAGAUCUCCGCCACCUGCGUGCUGUUCCCACAGACGACUCAAAGGGAUUUGCAGAAAGAGAGAAUACCUUCUUCAUGGAAACAUCAGCUCUUGAGGCGCUGAAUGUUGAAAACGCCUUCACAGAAGUGUUGACUCAGAUUUACCGGGUGGUUAGCAAGAAGGCUCUUGAUGCAGGAGACGAUCCAGCAUCUUUGCCUGCAGGACAAACAAUCCACAUUGGAAAUGACGUAUCUGCUGUUAAGAAAGGCGGUUGUUGUUCCAGUUGAGCAAGGACCAACCACUCACUACUACAUUUCUCAGAAUACAGAUAUAUGAACUGCAGAAAAAUGCAGGAAUGCUGAGAAUUUCAGGUUUCCUGUACAAAAUUGUAUAGCACUCCCCACUCUACGACUGUAACUUGGCGGAAAGAAAAAUUUGAGGAACUGAGGUGGGGAAAUGGGGGAUGGAAAAAUUUAGCUUAAGAACCAUCUGUUUUGUCUUUUCAUAAGUGUACAUUGGCAUUAAGAACAUUUCAGCUGUGAAAAUGGUAAGGUAACUUAUCCGCGCUA